UGGCACGGCUCCUUGGGCGUCUUCCAGGGGCUCGGAGGUGCCUUGGGAGGAGCCACCGGGGACAUAAAAGCCGCUCCGGGGCAGAGCAGCUCACCCUCCACGGGCGAAGGACUGGAACAGCGUCCCCGGACCCCCCGCCCCAGCGCAGGCCGUGCAGGAUGGACCCCAGGCUCGUGCGCGCCGGCUCCCUCGUGCUCCUGCUGGCGCUCCUCGUGCAAGACCAAGGGGCGGCCCAUCCAGCCAGGCCAGGCCAGAAGUAUAAGCCCUUGAUUAGACGGUCCGAGGAAGAUUCCCAGGCACUGGGGCAGGAAGGGGACGUGGCUGCGAGAGCCGCGGACGAGGAGGAUGCAGCCGGCCCGGGAGACGCUCUUCGGCAGCCUGCCUUCAAGAUGCUUCUCGCUUCCCGGGAAAAAAGGAUCCAACCCGAAGGGAGCUGCUUCGGGCAAAAGAUCGACCGGAUCGGCCAUGUCAGUGGAAUGGGCUGCAACAAGUUUGACCCCAACAAAGAAUCGAGCUCCACUGGGAAAAAGUAGACGCCCGUCCCAAAAUCCUCAAAGAGAUCCUAAAUCCCUAAACCCUCCAUCCAGAUGGAGCAAAAUUCUGCAAGCUUGCCUUUGAGAGAAAUAAAUAAACGCACCAGCCAGUCAAGAGCGCUGUCUGGAUUGAUCCCCGGC